AUGACGCAGCUUUUCGCUCCAAGUCCAGCGGUGACCAACGAGAAGCGCGGGAAUUUCCCCGCUCUCUCCCUUCCUUCGCGAAAACACUCCAACGAUUCCACCCACCUACCAACAAGAAUCAAGAACUUUUUCCGCAUAAACAGUUCAAGCAGCCACUCCUCCUCCAACUCCGGCUCCAAUAGCAACGAACGAGACCGUGAACGAGACAGCCAUGGCUCCGUCAAGAACGAGAAGUCCGCUUUUCGGCAAUCUCGCUUUCUCCCGACCAUUGGUCGCAAUCGUUCAACAACCGUCGCCAGCGAGGGCAACCCUCUCGACGAUAGCAUGUCGCCCACUGCAUCAGCAAACCCCUACUUUGCCCAUCAGGGCCAGCCCGCCUUGCGCCACCGCAAUGAUGGCUCCGUGCCCUCUUCCCCGCCCGAUACGCCCGAGUUGCAAGUAACCGGGGUCUCCGCAGUGGAGCAGGCAACUACCGCCAAUAAGGAGGAGUUGGCGCGCAAGCUGCGACGUGUGGCUUCCGCCCCGAAUGCCCAGGGCCUGUUUACCAGCGGGCAGGGCGACCGCCCUCAGACGGCAGAGAUCGGCAAGGAGCCUUUGGUAGAACAAUCUGGGGCUGUAAGUCUGGCACACCCUAGCGGUCAUAAGGAACUCGCUCUGGCGGUGCCGUCACACAGCUCGGAUCUGGAUAACAAUGCUUCUUUCCGCCGCACUUACAGUUCAAACUCUAUUAAGGUUCGAAAUGUGGAGGUCGGCCCUGCUAGCUUUGAUAAGAUCAAGCUUAUCGGUAAGGGCGAUGUUGGAAAGGUCUACCUGGUGCGCGAGAAAAAGUCUAGUCGCCUCUAUGCCAUGAAGGUUUUGAACAAGAAGGAGAUGAUCAAGCGCAACAAGAUCAAGCGCGCAUUGGCCGAACAAGAAAUUCUGGCUACCAGCAACCAUCCGUUUAUUGUCACCCUUUACCACUCCUUCCAAUCGGAGGAUUAUCUGUAUCUCUGCAUGGAGUACUGCAGUGGUGGCGAGUUUUUCCGAACAUUGCAAACUCGCCCCGGAAAGAGCAUCUCUGAGGAUGCAGCGCGCUUUUAUGCCGCAGAGGUCACUGCUGCUCUCGAGUAUCUUCACCUCAUGGGCUUUAUCUACCGUGAUCUGAAGCCAGAGAACAUUCUUCUACACCAGUCCGGACAUAUCAUGCUGUCAGACUUCGAUCUGUCCAAGCAGUCCGGACCUGGUGGUGCCCCAACAAUGAUCCCCGGACGUAGUGGCGGCGGCAACUCCACCACAGCUUUACCUACAAUUGACACUAAGUCAUGUAUCGCUGAUUUCCGAACAAAUUCCUUCGUCGGAACAGAAGAGUACAUCGCACCCGAGGUGAUCAAGGGAUGCGGCCACACCAGCGCCGUGGAUUGGUGGACACUGGGUAUCCUCAUAUACGAGAUGCUAUACGGCACUACCCCGUUCAAGGGCAAGAACCGUAACGCGACAUUCGCAAGCAUCCUGCGCGACGAAGUGAACUUCCCAGAACACUCGAACGUGCAACAGACCUCAAACCUAUGCAAGUCUUUGAUCCGCAAACUACUGAUCAAAGACGAAACCAAGCGUCUCGGCGCCCGAGCUGGUGCAUCCGACGUCAAGACCCACCCAUUCUUCCGCACAACCCAGUGGGCGCUCAUCCGCCACAUGAAGCCGCCCAUGAUCCCUCACCAGGGCCGCGCCGGCACGGACACCAUCAACUUCCGCAACGUCAAGGAGAGCGCCAGCGUGGAUAUCGGCGGCACGGACCCCACCAGGAUGACCGGCGUGCCGAUGGACUCCGGGCUAGCUACGCCGAAUGGUGAACUCAACGAUCCCUUCGAGGAGUUCAACAGCGUCACGCUCCACCACGAAGGGGAUCAGUGA